UACAGAAAUAGAACGGAAUAUAUGACAAGUUGAUAAACGCAAAAUGUCAAAGACAUUGAGUAUUUUUAUUUCGAGGUUGUUUUUAAAAUAUUAUUUCAGAAACAUUUUUCGAUAAAAGCAUAAAAUUAAUGUUAUAAUUAUGUGUUUAAGUGUCAAACAAAAUAGAUUUACGGUAAAUUAAAAAGUGCGCACCUGUAAAUAGUCACCAGCGUCAUGGAUAACGUAACGGAGAAACUUUUCCAAUGUUUUGGUCAUAAGAAAUUCAAAAGUGAACUGCAGGAGAGAGCUGUGAGAGCAAUCGCCCGAGGUGUUCAUGAUGUAUAUGUUUCUAUGCCAACUGGUUCUGGUAAAUCUCUGUGCUUUCAAUUACCUGCAAUGUUACAAGAUAAUAAAGUAGCAAUAGUUUUUUCUCCACUACUUGCUCUGAUAAAAGAUCAGAUUGACCACUUGACUAGAUUGAAAAUUUCAGCAGAAUCUAUCAAUUCUAAAAUGACAACUAAAGACAGAGAGAGAGUUUUGAAUGAUCUUCGUUCUAUGAAACCUAACACUAGGUUUUUAUAUGUAACUCCAGAACAAGCAGCUACAGGAACAUUCAAAUCACUCAUAGAACAUCUAGUCAAGUAUAAAAAAGUGUCAUACAUAGUAGUUGAUGAAGCACACUGUGUGAGUGAGUGGGGCCAUGAUUUCCGACCAGAUUAUUUGAAAUUGGGUAAUUUGAGAGAAAAAUUUAAAACUAUUCCUUGGGUAGCUCUCACAGCCACGGCUAGUGCAGAAGUAACUAAAGACAUAAUGGAAAAUCUAAAGUUAUUACACCCAGUUGCACAAUUCAAAACACCCAGUUUUCGGCGAAAUUUGUUUUAUGAUGUUGUUUAUCAGAAUUGUAUUGAAGAUGAAAUUACUGAUCUCGCUGAGUUUUUGAAAAAAUGCUUGAAAGAUGAAGACAAUGUUAAGCCAAAAGACAAAAAUGCUGCCAUUGUUUAUUGCAGAACUCGUGAACAAACUGAAGAUAUAGCUAGAAUGCUUUGUGGCAAAGGGAUGAAGGCUUUGGCUUAUCAUGGAGGGCUGAAAGGAUCAGAGAGAGUAUCAGUACAAGAACAAUGGUUCAAUGGAGAAUUCCCAUGUGUUUGUGCAACAGUAUCAUUUGGUAUGGGUGUAGAUAAGGCAACUGUCCGGGCUGUUGUUCACUGGGGCUUGCCACAAAAUGUUGCCGCUUAUUAUCAAGAAUCUGGUAGGGCUGGUAGAGAUGGUAAGCCAGCAUUUUGUAGAAUAUACUACUGCCGAAGUGAACGGAAUGCUGUGGAUUUUUUGCUGAAAUCUGAAAUAGCGCGCGCCAAAACUCCUGAGCAGAAACAACGCUGCAAAAAUUCUUAUAAGAGUUUUGAGAUUAUGGUGAAAUACUGUGAAGAUGUUGGGUGCCGGCACAAGACGUUCGCCGAGUACUUCGGCGAGGAGGUGCCGCGGUGCGCGGGGCGCUGCGACGCGUGCGCCGACGCGCGCGCCGUGCGCCGCCGCCUCGAGCAGCACAUGCGCCGCGCCAUGAGCGCCACGCUGCACCGCGCGGGCUUCGUCGCGCAGGACGACUCCUCCGACCUGUACGGGCAGGGCCGGGACGGGCAGAAGAGAGAAAUAGAGUCAUACUAUGGUGACGGAGGCGAUGAGUCUGAUGGAGAAAGCAGCAGACGUAGAGUUGCAGAAGAAACGAGAUCUCUAAUUUUAAAAGAAUUUGCUCAACGAAAGAAAAGCAUAGAGAAAGACAGAAGGAAUAAUGAUGAAACAGAAUCCGCAAAACAUUCAAAAUGUAAAGCUGCAGAUAGCACAAGCACAAAGGUGAAUGGCCUAACAGUGGCUACUAGAGAGAACUAUCUUUCUCUAUUAAAGAAUGCCUUAAACGAAAACUUAUCAGCAUUAAAAGGUGUCGACGAACCGACACGAACAUUAUCUAAGAAUGAUGUGGAACAGUGUGCAGUGGAAUUGGAGUAUGAUGCGUUUUCUAACAGUACUGUGAUAAGCUUAUAUCGGCGGGCUUUAACUAAAUUGAUUUCGAAUGUGAAAGCAUCAAAAGAUCAACUGUACCCGUAUCUCAAAGAUUUUGAACCUAAGAAAAAAGAAACACUUGUCGAAUUUGUCAAAGAAUUUGAGAAGAAAAAGCGGGAAGAGUCGCAAAAGGCACACGGUUUCGUAACAGCAGCUCAAUUAGAAAGUGGACAAAUUGAGGUGAAAAAUGAAGCAAGAGAACUCUCAAAAGCUGAUAAAGAAACAAAAAGAAAAGCAAAUUCUUUCAAAAAAGAUCCACUUACUCAAACCAAACUUAAUAAUUUCUUCACCUCAAAACCAUCACAAGAAUCUCCCGACUUAAGUUCAAGCAACAGCGAAGACGAUUGUGGUCUUGUAAUAGACGAAAACAUAAAACCAGAUCCCUUGGACUCUACGCUUAAACUUGACAAUACUGAUGAUAAUGCACUGGAUAGUGAUGAUAAUGAUUGUACAUUAAAAAUUGACGAAAAUCCCGCGACUGAAUCUCCAAUAAAUAGAAAAUCUAGCAAUAUACAAUCAAAAACCUUCGUUAUAAAUAUAACUUUGCAAGGAGUUCCAAGUAAAAGCACAAAUAACGACACGAUGAACAUUGAUGAAACAAGCAAAAGCAAUGAUGAAACUACAUCAAAAUCCCCUAAAAAAGGGAUUGUCCCGUCAAAAAGAAAAAUAAAAGCUUUAUUUGGCGAAUCUUCGGAUGAGAGUGAUUUCGAUUUAGAUUCGCAUAAACAUAAAAAAUCUAAAGUUGUAAAAGAUAAACAUAAAGAAAAGCACAAGCAUAAACAUAAGGACGAAAAAUCAAAACAUUCGCGACAUCGUAGCAAAUCUGAAUCUGAAAAAAAAGAUAGGAAACGUUCGUCUAGUGGUACUAACUCAGAGAAGGAAUUAGUUAUUGAUGAAAUAUCUGUAUCAAAUGCUCCAGAAAAAUCUUCCAAAAACAAGGUUGAGAAAUCUACUGAUCAAGACACGACACUGAAGCUCGUGGGUGAUAAAGAUAUUAAUAAAAGCAAAGAAGAUAAUGAAAUAGAUUUGGCAAAUGUUAGUAUGGAGCAAUGUGAGAAAAUAGAUUUAGAUGAUAAAUCUCUAAGUGAAGCAUACAAGUUAAGUGUAGAGGCUGAUAAAGUUUUGAAAGAAUUGCAACAGUUUGCAGAAAUGAAACCUGAACCUGAAAUUAAAGCAGAAGUAAAAGAAGAUUCAGAGAUAAUAAAACAGAGUAACUCCAAUGAGCCUGCAUCACAAAUAGCUCUGGGCUCCUCUCAAAACUCUUCCGAUAAACACAAAUUUAAGCAUAGAAGGAAGUCGCCUACAGAUAAUGGGGAUAUUACUGAAAAACCAAGAGAAACCCAGCCAGAAAAAGAAAAGCAUGUCUCAGAAGUUCUAACAAAAGCUCACAGGAAAGAAAAAGAACUGAAUCACAAGUCUGAAAUAUCCAAGAAGCAUCACAAGCAUAAAGAACACAAACAUAGAAUAGAUAUAUCUGUAAAACACGAAAGAAAACAUAAAGAAGAGAAAAAACAGAAAAGCGAAAAGGUCGAUGUGGCGGGAUUAGUUGUUAAGUUAUUGAUGCCUUACUAUAAAAAGAAGAAAAUUGAUAACAGAGACUUAUUUAAGGUCACUGCUAGACAUAUCGUUCAUCAACUUCUUGCUAUUCAAGUUACAGAGGAAGCUGCUAUCAACAUGUUAUUAAGGAAAGCUUUCAGCAAGGACAUUAAGAUAGAAAGUGAAAGUGAUUUAAACACUAAAUUAACGUUAAGCAAUGUGGUUUAAUAUGAAGUUUGUUAAUUAAAUUAUUAUAAGUUAAUAUUAAGAAUUAUUUAUACAUGAUAAUUAUUCUUGUAUGUCGUUUAAUAAUUACAUUUAAAGAGUUGAAUUUUU